GCUAUUCAGAGUAUGACGCGUUGCGCUCAGGCGCAGCCCGUCUAACGCGCAUGUCCUCAGAGGGUCACACGUGGUUUGUGUAAACCACGCACGCAGACUCAAGCGGAGGUUCAGAAAUGGCGGCCGAUAGGGGUAGUUCUACGCUGCAGCUACCCUGCGUUUUUUCACCAAAAUCACGACAGUACUUAGCAUUGUGUGCCCAGGAUGGCAGACUUCGCAUUUGGAACACAGACAGUAAAACACUUCACCAAGAAUAUGUGCCUUCAGCCCAUUUGAGUGCCACUUGUAUCUGCAUUGCAUGGGGACCAUGCCGGACCGUCAAGGAGGGGCCUCAGAGGAAGAAGAGGAAAUCAGAGGCAGUGCAGGUGGAGGAGAAAGCAGACCUGCUGGCGAUGGGCACCGCGGCAGGCACUGUGCUCAUUUACAGUACGGCAAAGGGGGCACUGCACUGUACCCUGGAUGGAGGCCAUAGUGGAGCAGUGAAUUGUGUCCAGUGGCACCCUGAAGACAGUUUAUUGUACAGUGGCUCAGAUGAUACAAACAUUGUAGAGUGGGACCUGCAGACGGGCAAGACACGAAGUAAGUGGAAAGCGGACCGUGCAGCAGUGACCAGUGUGUGUGUGAGCCCUGAUGGGAAACUGCUGCUUUCAGCUGGACAGGUAAUCAAGAUGUGGGACUUGGACACCAAGGAGGUUUACAGGAAAUUCACAGGCCACUCCACAGCUGUGACGACCCUGCGCUUUGCCACCACACGACCUCCCGACAGCAAUGGUCUCUAUUUCCUGUCUGGUGCUGCACACGAUCGACUGCUCAGUGUUUGGCAAGUACGAGAGGACGGAAAGGACAAGAAUUCAGUCGUGUCCUUCACCCUGACGGACGAACCGCAACACAUCGAUCUCAUCGCAUGCAACAGCAAGGAAGAGGCGGUGAGGCUGGCAGUGGUGUGUAAGGAUGGACAGCUCCAUCUUUUUGAGCACUUUCUAAAUGGGCCCUGUAAGAAGCCCUUGUCGCCCUCGUGUACGGUGCAGAUGUCGGACACAAAGGACACCCCAGUGCCAAUCCCACUUUUGGCUGCGGCCCUCGGAGCUGAUACACGGAGUGUGCUGCUGGCCUAUGGCACCCACCUGCAGCCUGUCAUAGAGAAAGUGGUGAUCAACACAGCAGAGAGACAUGUCUGUUUGACCCGGGAUGUUCAGACCAGCUUGUCUCUUUCCAUGGAAACCACAGUUUCCAAGGUGAAAACCCCAAUUGUCAAUGCGAAGAGCAGAGUAUUGGUCCCAGGACUCCCUGGUCACCAAGCUCCAGUCAGAGGAACCUCGCAGGGAUCAGAGAAGAGGAAAAAAGACACAGACACCAAAGAGAUGUCAAUAGCGGAGCGACUUGGUGAAAUUGAUCUAACUUCAGCAUCCACUGAGAAAGGAACUCCCAAAGGGACGGCCUCUUUACAGACAGACAAUUUUGCAGUGCUGCUUGUGCAGGGCCUGGAGAGCAGCGAUGCCAGCAUCCUAAACAAAGUUUUUCAGACUCGCAAAGAGAUGGUGAUAAAGAAGACGGUUGCUCGGUUACCACUCCCUGCUGUUUUACCUUUGGUGGAAGAGAUCACGAAGAGACUCCAGGGGCACCCUUUCACGGCAGUUUUAAUGGUACGGUGGCUCAAGGCUGUACUCAUGCACCACACAUCAUACCUGGCAUCGCUGCCAGACCUGGUCACCCAGCUGGGAGUUCUUUAUCACAUGAUUGAGAGCAGAGUGAAGAUGUUCCACAAGCUAACAAAGCUUCAUGGGAAACUUUAUCUCCUAAUGACACAGGUGGCAACAAGUGACAGCAGCAAAACAGUUACAGAUGUUGACCACACAGCUAAGCUGGUAUAUGAAGAGGAAUCAUCUGAUGAAGAUGAGGCCUCAGGUGAUGAAGGUCUUCCUGAUGAUGACUCUGAUAACUGGGAAGAGGAGGCAAUGGAGGAAGAUGAGGAUGAAGAGGAGGAUCCAGACAGCAGAACAGAGUCCAAAGCUAAUGGAGAGGAAGACAUGGAAAACGAGAGUGAAGAGGAAUGAGGACAAAUGCCAAUCAUACAUUGAAAUGGACCUGAAAGAGUUAAAUAUACUUUCAUUUUAUUUUCAUGCUUUUGAUUUUAUUACCCGAACAAAGUAUGGUUUUACAAAAUCAAGGGACACAUGUUGUUGAGACGUGGGCAAAGUUCAGCCAUAGGGAUGGUGAUGUCAUAUUGUCUUUUAUCCCAUCUAAGGAACAGGUGCAGCUUUUUGGGGAGAAAGGCAGAAUAUUCUGUAAAAUGAAACUGAUGCAAGUUCUCCUUUUCUGCUGUGAAUUCAGUCUGCAUCCCAGCUCUACAGCCUGAUGAGUGUGCGUUGAAAAAGACUGAAAAGAUAUUGCGGUGGUGUUCCAGUUUUCCUGCGCUGCAGUCUGCAUUUCAAAUUUUAUGUCACUAUGUAAUAAAAAUGAAUUUGAGUGUAUCAUAUGACCAGGUUACUCUUAGGUAAGCCCACGCUCUGUGAUUGGUUUAUUCUGACCCAACCCUGUAGGCCGUCUGGAACACGACCCUGUUCAGUGGAGCCUCGAGAUGCAAACACAUUGAGGGUGUGAAGCUGGGAUGCAGGACCCCUGGCUGCUUAUUGUACAGAAUACUGCUCAAUCCAGAAGUGGGCUUGCUAGGCAAGGCCAUACAUCAUGUCCCUACACAAUGUAAAUCUGUAUGUACAGUGAAGUGUUUGUAUGAGCUCUUCCCUCUACAGCUAUCCCCCAGAAUACCUUGGGAUUAAACAAACUCCUGUAAAGUCUU